CUCCGCUCCUCUUCCCGCUCGACCGCUCCCCCCCUCCGCGGCCUCGAGGCGCUUUCCGUUGCGCCGAUUCCCGCCCGCUUCCUCCUACUCCCCAUCGAAGCACCAGACAUGAGUUUUUCCAUCUCUUCAGAGAUGAACCAGAUUAUGAUGCAUGAUUAUCACAGAAGAAAUUCAUGUCUAUAGCUUUUAAGGACUUGAUUACAUCAUUUCAAGCCUGAUAGUUUUGGAAUCACCAUUAGAGCUUAAGACACCUCUGCCUUCACUUCAACCACCCGUCUUCAUACCUUGAGGAAGUGCUGAGUUUUAACACUCCUUUGUCCUUGGAUUAUUUAAGACAUCUCAGAAAUACAUUUCUCACCAGUUCAGUAGCCAAAUUUGUAAGGAAAAAUGAUUCCCAAUGGAUAUUUAAUGUUUGAAGACGAAAACUUUAUUGAGUCUUCUGUUGCCAAAUUAAAUGCCCUGAGGAAAAGUGGCCAGUUCUGUGAUGUUCGACUCCAGGUCUGUGGCCAUGAGAUGUUAGCACACAGAGCAGUUCUGGCUUGCUGCAGUCCCUACUUAUUUGAAAUCUUUAAUAGUGAUAGUGAUCCUCAUGGAAUUUCUCAUGUUAAAUUUGAUGAUCUCAAUCCAGAAGCUGUUGAAGUCUUACUGAAUUAUGCCUACACUGCUCAGUUGAAAGCCGAUAAGGAAUUAGUGAAAGAUGUUUAUUCUGCAGCAAAAAAGCUGAAGAUGGACCGAGUAAAGCAGGUUUGUGGUGAUUAUUUGCUAUCUAGAAUGGAUGUUACCAGCUGCAUCUCUUACCGAAAUUUUGCAAGUUGUAUGGGAGACACCCGUUUGUUGAAUAAAGUUGAUGCCUAUAUUCAGGAGCAUCUGUUACAAAUUUCAGAAGAGGAAGAGUUUCUUAAACUUCCACGGCUAAAGUUGGAGGUAAUGCUUGAAGAUAAUGUUUGCUUGCCCAGCAAUGGCAAAUUGUAUACAAAGGUAAUCAACUGGGUGCAGCGUAGCAUCUGGGAGAAUGGAGACAGUCUGGAAGAGCUGAUGGAAGAGGUUCAAACCUUGUACUACUCAGCUGAUCACAAGCUGCUUGAUGGGAACCUACUAGAUGGACAGGCUGAGGUGUUUGGCAGUGAUGAUGACCACAUUCAGUUUGUGCAGAAAAAGCCACCACGUGAGAAUGGCCAUAAGCCGAUAAGUAGCAGUUCCACUGGAUGUCUCUCUUCUCCAAAUGCUACAGUACAAAGCCCUAAGCAUGAAUGGAAAAUCGUUGCUUCGGAAAAGACUUCAAAUAACACUUACUUGUGCCUGGCUGUGCUGGAUGGUAUAUUCUGUGUAAUUUUCCUUCAUGGGCGAAACAGCCCACAGAGCUCACCAACAAGUACUCCAAAACUAAUUAAAAGUUUAAGCUUUGAGAUGCAACCAGAUGAGCUGAUAGAGAAGCCCAUGUCUCCCAUGCAGUAUGCGCGGUCUGGUCUGGGGACAGCAGAGAUGAAUGGCAAGCUCAUAGCAGCAGGUGGCUAUAACAGAGAGGAAUGUCUUCGAACAGUUGAAUGCUAUGAUCCACGUACAGAUCACUGGUCCUUUCUUGCUCCCAUGAGAACACCAAGAGCUCGAUUUCAGAUGGCUGUACUCAUGGGCCAGCUCUAUGUGGUAGGUGGAUCGAAUGGCCAUUCGGAUGACCUGAGUUGUGGAGAGAUGUAUGAUCCAAACAUAGAUGACUGGAUUCCUGUUCCAGAAUUGAGAACUAACCGUUGUAACGCAGGAGUAUGCGCUCUGAAUGGGAAAUUAUACAUUGUUGGUGGCUCUGAUCCAUAUGGUCAAAAAGGACUGAAAAACUGUGAUGUAUUUGAUCCUAUAACAAAGUCAUGGACAAGCUGUGCUCCUCUUAACAUUCGUAGACACCAGUCUGCAGUCUGUGAGCUUGGUGGUUUUUUGUACAUAAUCGGAGGUGCAGAGUCUUGGAAUUGUCUGAACACAGUAGAACGUUACAAUCCUGAAAAUAACACCUGGACCUUAAUUGCACCCAUGAACGUGGCAAGGCGAGGAGCUGGUGUAGCUGUUCUUGAUGGAAAAUUGUUUGUAGGGGGUGGCUUUGAUGGUUCUCAUGCCAUCAGUUGUGUGGAGAUGUAUGACCCAACUAGAAAUGAAUGGAAGAUGAUGGGAAACAUGACUUCACCAAGGAGCAACGCUGGGAUUACAACUGUAGGGAACACCAUUUAUGCAGUGGGAGGCUUUGAUGGCAAUGAAUUUCUGAAUACGGUGGAAGUCUAUAACUUUGAGUCAAAUGAGUGGAGCCCCUAUACAAAGAUUUUCCAGUUUUAACAAACUAACAGGCUUAGUGAUGUAAUUGUGUUUAGUAGAGGUACACUUGUGAAUAAGGAGGGUGGGUGGGUAUAGAUGUUGCUAACAGCAACACAAAGCUUUUGCAUAUUGCAUAUUAUUAAACAUGCUGUACAUACUUUUUGUGUUUAUUGGGAAAGGAAUGCAAAGAUGAAGGUCUGUUUUGUGUAUUUUUAGGACUACUUUGGUUAUUUUACUUUUUGGAAGUUGAUAUUGUAAAAGAAUAAACCAAGACUUGAUCGGGCAUGUCAUUUCAAGAAGUCCCCUCUCCUCCACAUUUGUUUUGCCAAUUUGCACAUUAAUGACUCUUCCCUCAAACAUGUAUUAUGGGGCAAGAGGGUAAGGUUUAAGAUCGAGGCAGUUGGGUUUUUUAAGGGCCCUUUUUCAAUAACUGGAACACUAUACAAAAGAGACUUAUUUAACUAGAUGACAAUGACUAUUUUUGUUUUUAUUAAAAGAAAGCUGACAUGCCUACCAAGAUUUAAUCUUUUAUGAUUGCCUUUUUAUAACUUUUUAUAUUCUCAGCACAGUGCUUUACAUAUUGAAGAUGUGGCAGAUUCAAAUUACUGAAGCAGACUGGCGGUCUUAAAGGAUGCAGGGUGAGGGGUUUCUGUUGUACACCCAGAAUGCAAACUUAAAACCUUUUGCCUCAGUUACUGGUUUUUUUUUUUUGGUUUUUAGGUUUGUUUUUUUUUUUUCUUUUUUUUUUUGAGAAUACAGUACUGAUGUUUAUUUGAAUGGAGUUGCUGAACAGUAACAUAGCUAUGAUUUUUAUUUGAAACACUGAUUUCACAUACUUUGACUUCUUGAGGGUAUAUUUUAUAUAGCAAGACAUUUAAUAUAUAAGAACGGUGAAGUACUUUAUUUUCUAAAUAAUUCCUGUCUUUAUUUAUCAUUAACAAAACAAUCCUAAAUAGCAGCCCUCGAUUGUGGAAGAAAAUUAAACUGUAUUGGGUUUAAGAAUUCAGCGUUUAUCAGAACUAUGUUUUUGUUCAGUUUUUCUAUUCACAUGGAUAAAUACUGGUUGGGGUGACUUUAUCGAAUGUGUAGUGCUACACAUAUAACUGAUGGUGCCAAAAUUAGCACAUCCUAAUGCUUGCUGCCGAUGCAAACAUAUUAAAGGUACUUUGCAGGAAA